CUGAACUCAUAUUUUUAAAAGAGUAAACCCAACACAAGGAAAUAGAGCACUGAAUAUGACUGAUGAAUAUUAUAAAGAAGAAAAGGAUUUCUUAUCGCUGAAACAAAAGAUAACUGUUUGAUGCCAAUGUCUUAUGAGAGGCCCAUUCUCCAAUCAGUGAUAUGUUUUCAUGAUCCACCCAAAGAACAAGAUGUAGAAAAUAAAGAUAUGAAUAAUGAUGACCAGCCAGCGACAGUAAUAAGGGACCCCAAGCAGUGGAAUCAUGCAUGGCACAUGGCUGCGCAGGUAGAGAAGCAGUGCCUGGUCCAGAACUAUGGACCAUGCCAUUCAGGAUUAACGACUCGUAAACAAAACCUUGAAGAUGACUAGUAAUGUACAACACAACCAUAGCUACGUGAUCACUGUGGGAACAGAAACUCCAAAUUCUAGAUUAACUACUCGUAAACAAAACCUUGAAGAUGACUAGUAAUGUACAAUAUAACAAUAGCUGCGUGAUCACUGUGGGAACAGAAACUCCAAAUUCUAGUUCAGAUUCUACAGACAUCGCUGUUAUAAUCAUGAAUCAAUACUAUCUUCCACUGAUGUACUGUAUAAUAACUAUUUUUGGACUGUUUGGGAAUAUCACUGCCAUUUCUGUGUAUGUCCUGAAGAUGCAACCAUGGAAAAGCAGCACAAUUAUAUUGUUAAAUCUGGCAGUUACAGAUAUUUUGUAUCUCUUAACCCUUCCUUUCCUGGUUGGCUACUACAUCAGUCAGAAAUGGCUUAUAGGAGAUUUUAUGUGCAGAUUUGUUCGGUUUGGGUUCCACUUUAACUUAUAUGGGAGUAUCCUCUUCUUGACAUGCUUCAGUAUAUUCCGAUACGUUGUUGUUGUCCAUCCUUUGAAAGCUCAUGUGAUUCAGAAAAGACAGUGGGUCAUCACUGCCUGCCUUGUUGUGUGGAUAAUUACAUUUGCAGAAAUCUUGCCCAUUGUAACUAUGUUUUCAGUAACAGAUACUAAUAAUGGCACGAUCCUCUGCCUUGACCUUGCCAGUUCUGUAGACAUAUGUACAAUACGAGCAUAUAGCUGGAGCCUAAGCAUUCUGGGAUUUUUCAUACCAUCAGUGAUUGUGUGCUUCUGCUACACAAGAAUCAUUUAUACCUUAAAGAAAGGCUUUCAUGCAGAGUCUUCACAGAAGAAAAAAGCACGCCGUCUUGCUACUGUUAUUUUAAUAGUUUUCCUUUUGUGCUUUCUUCCAUUUCACAUUCUAAGAGCACUUCGUAUUGAAAGCCGCCUGCAGCCACCUGAUUGGCCAUAUUCAUUCCCCAUUAAUGUUGCCUACAUUGCUUCAAGACCCAUUGCUGGUUUGAAUACAUUUUUCAAUUUAAUCCUGUAUGUUUUAGGUGGUGACAAUUUUCAGCAAGCACUUAUUUCUCUUUUGAAGCGUAACACACAGAAAAGUUGAAGGCUACAUUUUAAUUUUAAUAUAAGAUCAAUCAGUCAUUUGUAAUAAAACACUUUAGUGAAAAGUGUAUAAUUUCCCACUGAAUUUUGUAAAUAUUAUCUGUGGACAUUGCUGCUAAUGGGACAUAUCCAAAUACUUGUGCUAUGAGCUACUUCUGUAUUUUGCAAAUGACAUAGACUAACACUAGUAAUAAUUCUUAUAUAAUCUGUAAGGUAAAAGGUUUCUGUACUGUAUUUAAUUUAAAAUCAAUAUUUACUGCAUCGCACCUAAGUAUAGUAAUGUUUAUUAUGGAAUAGUCUAUAAACUACUGGAUCCAUAAUGUUAGCUGAGGAAUUAAAAAUUAAGUCUCUGGACUAGGGCAAUCAUGUAAUCUUGCUGUAUAUGCUUAUGAAUUUCAUGGUCACAUACAGAGCUGUGAAAAGCUCAUUACUGUAUAAGCAUUAUUUGAAGAAGGAUUCUAUGAAACACACUAGUAUACAUGAUACGUUGGAUGCUAUGAAACAUAUUAGUUUUCAAUGGAGUGUGCCACUAACAGCUAUUAUAUUUGUUACAGGUGAAGUUUUACUUGCCCAAAGAAGCAGAAACUAUUCAUUCUUUUAUUCAUUCUGUCAUGACUUAUUUAAUUCAGCGAGUGAUUUUUGGGGUGACUGGAGUCAAUCCUAACACUCACUGGGUACAAGACAAGGAACUAAAUCUAAACAGGGCCAUGCACUCAAUUAUUCUCACACGAUAUGUACACCUACAAGCAACUUAGAUGAUUUAUUCUUCAGCUACAGCACAUCUUUUGAUAGAGAAGAAAAACAGACUGCCCAACAAAUAUCCUCCUGGAUACAGGGAAGAUGUGCAUAUUUCCCAAAGAGGGCCCUGCAGCUAAGAACUGAAAUGGAAAACCAUGCACUGUGACACAACAAGGGAUUUUUAUGCAUCCUCAAACAUAAAUGUCUCAGAGAGAUAAUGGAUUCAUUUAUUGACUUAUUUAUUUUUAUUUGUUAUCUGUGGUAGAACACUAAUUUCAAAGGAUCAUUUUCAAACACAGCCUUGGAAAAGCUCAUUAGACUUAACAACUCCCUUGUUUUUGUAUAUAGAUUGAAUCUACAGUGAGAUAAAAUUUGUGCAAACAGGUUUCACAUGGAUAUUUUUUUCUUUCCCUAAUAAUUUGUUACUGUGGACUUAGGUUACAUAAGUAGAAACAGUAUUCAAAAUGAAGCGCUGUACAACAUUGGCUAAUGAGGUAAAGAUCUCUUGGAGAAUAGGUAGUGUGGUUAAAUGAUAUAAAACUUAUAAAAGUGCAACAUAUAUAACAAAAAACUUGCAUAAAUUUCCAGUACUUCAAUUAAUUGCACUUAAAAGAUAUUCAUGCUGUGAAUGCAGUUAUACUGUAGCGAAAUGAUGGUUCCAAGGCGUCCAGUCUUUUAAGUCUGAUAU